AAAAAUAGCAAUUAAGCUGGUGAGUGACACAGCCACCCAGUAAAUCCAGUAAAAAGUAAAAAAAAAGUAAAAAUCAAAACUUGAAAAAUAUUUAAAUUCGAAACGAUAAUUAAAAAAUUUUCACAAAGGAUAUGGACCAACUAAAUAAUAUAACCCUUUGGGAUGUUAAAGAUGUAUUUAAUAAAGUUAAGAAUGUCGUGAUGAACUAUACUGAAAUGGAGGCCAAAGUACGUGAGGCCACUAAUAAUGAACCUUGGGGCGCUAGUAGUACUUUGAUGCAAGAAAUUGCCCAAGGUACCUAUAAUUACGCACAUUUUAAUGAGAUCAUGCCAACAAUUUAUAAGCGAUUUACAGAAAAGGAAGCGAGGCAAUGGAGACAAAUUUAUAAGGCUCUUCAAUUGCUUGAAUAUCUUGUGAAACAUGGAUCUGAAAGAGUUGUUGAUGAUGCCCGAGCACAUAUGGGAACUAUUAAAGUUUUGAGAAAUUUCUCUUAUUUUGACGAAAAAGGAAAAGAUCAAGGAAUAAACGUUCGUAAUCGGGCAAAAGAACUUGCAGACCUUCUAAACGAUAACGAAAAAGUUAGGCAAGAACGUAAGAAAGCAAAAGCCAAUAGAAGUAAAUUCACUGGCGUUAGUUCAGACGCAAUCGGUUAUGGAGGUUUUAGCGGAAGCUUUAAUGGUGGAUCAUCUCGUUAUGGAGGAUUCGGAAACGAUUCGUAUAGUUAUUCUGAGGAGAGAUCUCGUUCCAGAUAUGAUGAUUACGACAUACAAUGGCAAAGUGAUUAUAGGUCUGGAAGGAUUUCCCCAUCAGAUGACAGAAGAUCGAGUCUCGGAAAUAAUAAUCGAUCAAGUAUAUCUUCAAUUAAAAAGACAUCCGAGUCAGUCACUUCUAAUUCCAACGGCUCAUCCGAACAACAGAAAGAAGUAAAUUUAUUUGAUUUCGAUGAUCCUUCUGUUACUUCAGCUACCUCCAAUCAAACCACUUCCAAUGAUUUUGAUGAUGAUUUCCAAGAUUUUCAAAGUGCACCACCUAUGCCAUCAUCUCAAAGAUCAUCAAUUUCUCAGUCAUCAGGACUUCAAAAUAAUUCAGUUCCUUCAAUUCAACCAAUCACAAAUUUAAAAUCAGUUCAGCCUAUUUCAAAUGUACAAUCACCAACUCAACCUAAUGUAAAUGUUUCUUCUGGAAUUAACAAUAAUUUACUUGACGAUUUUCUUGGUCCUGUAUCUGCACCACCAUCUACAAAUUUGCCAAUUAACACACAAAAAGCUUCCUCUACAUCAUUAAAUACUUCACAGCCUAUUAAUGCUUUCAAUACAACAAAACCUAUUUCACCAACUACACCGAAGCAAAACAUUCCAAACCAAAAUACUUCCUUUCCCAACUUGAAAUCUAAUGAUAUAUGGGCAUCUAAUCUUGUAUCUUUGGAUUCAUUGGGAAAAGAACCCAACAAUACAAAACAAUCUGCUAAGCCAACAAUGAAUUCUCUUGCACAAGCUGACUCUACAUCUUGGGCAGUUAAAGGAACCUGGACUACUGCACAGCCAGUACAACAGCCUAUUCAUCAUAACACUCAACUUAAUUCUCAACAAAAACAACAAGAUUCAUUUGAUUUGCUAAUGUGAUUUUAUAUCAUUAUUAUUAUAAUAGAAAUAUAGGAAGAGUUAAAUUUUAGAUGAUUUAAUAAUUUAUGAUGAUACACCAAAAAGAAAAAAUCCCAAAAUAUUUAAUAAUACAAGUAUAUUAUGUAACAAGAUUUGAUUAUAUUAAAUUAUUAUUUUUUAUUAUAUUUCUUCUUAGAUUUAAUAGUUACAAGUUUUGGAUCAAAUAUUUAUUUGAGAGUUUAAUGGGUUUCAUGUUAUUAUUAAAAAAAUAUACAUUUUAACAAU